GUAAGAAAAAAAGAAAGUUAGUAAAAAGGAAAAAGGAAAAAAAAAUCAUCAUCAGCGCCACAGUCCACGAGCAGCCAUAGUUUCCCUUUUACAUUGGCCACCCUCUCGACACUCAUCAUCACUUAUGUCGCCCUAAUUUCCUCCCCCCCCCCCCCAAUAGCCUACAACUGAAGCAACCUCCUUUUCCUUUUCUCUUCCCUACUUCCAUCAAAAUCUUCAUAACUUUCCCCAUAUCAAAAUCUCCAUAGCCUACUCUACAACUAACUCAUAAAAAAAAAAAAAAAAACAACCCAAAACCAUGACACACCAUCAAGAACUGGUUACCUUUCAAAGAAGCAGCAGCUACAACAAUUAUAACUGCAAAAGUUCAAGAAAUAAGAUCAACCCAUCAAAGUUUCCGAGAUCAGCUUCAUUUACAAUCCCUGAAAACGAAGAAAUCUCUGACAAACUCCUUGUUCGUAGAAACGCCUCAUCAUCUUCCCCACGUUCUUCCAUACAACGUUUCCAUAAUGUUAAUUCCAGGUUCUCUUCCCUCCUUCGUUCCCUUCUCAAAAUCAUAGCAUUUCCCAACAUAAUCCCUACCUCUUGCAAAUGGUUGACCCUCCCAACUCACCUCUCUAUAACCCCUUCCCUCGGCCGUAAAGUAACCGGAACUCUCUUUGGCCACCGCCGCGGUCACGUCAGCUUCGCCGUCCAGGACGAUCCUCGCUCCGAACCGGUUUUGCUCCUCGAACUAGCCAUGUCAACGGCUAGUUUGGUGAAAGAAAUGUCAUCGGGUUUAGUCCGGAUUGCGCUGGAGAGCGAGAAGGCUCCGGGUCGAACCGGGAGACUGUUCCAUGAGCCUACGUGGAGUAUGUAUUGUAAUGGGAGGAAGAGUGGGUAUGCCGUGACGCGCACAUGCACGGAGUCGGAUUGGCACGUGUUGAGUACUGUGCAAAGCGUGUCAGUUGGUGCUGGGGUGAUUCCGGUGGUUGAGGAUGCUAAAAGUGGUGGGAGUGAAGGUGAGUUGUUGUAUAUGAGGGCCAAGUUCGAACGAGUGGUGGGGAGUCGUGACUCGGAAGCCUUUUACAUGUUGAAUCCUGAUAACAAUGGAGGUCCUGAACUCAGCAUUUUCCUUCUUAGAAUAUGAACAAACUUAUCUCUUGUUGUGAUCAUGAUUUUUGUUUCUCUUUUUAGGAUAUAUAAUUUUCUAGUUGGAAUUGCUUGGUUUUUGACUUUUGGAUUGUGCAGUUCUAUUUUAUCUUGCUUUCAUACAACGGAAGUAUAUGUAUAAUGUAUUAUGUGGUCUCUACAUGUAUUUCCAGUCUUUUGAAUGUUAGAAAAGAAAAAGGAAAUCUUUACUAAUAAA